GUCUAUGCUAAAGCUAAAUAACUUAACGUUCGGUCCGCGUGUUGAUGUAGGAGAGAGGACUUGGGGAGAAAACACGUUUUUCAGACCACACAGAGACAAUCUCAGGAGCAGACUAGAAGAACAUGGACAUGAAGAAAAGGGUCUCUUUAGAGCUGAGGCACCGGUCGCCAGCAGAGGUCCAGGAGCUGGUUCUGGACAACUGUCGCUCUGAUGAGGGGAAGAUCGAAGGAAUCACAGAGGAGUUCUCCAACCUGGAGCUGCUCAGCCUCACCAACGUGGGUCUGACCAGUGUCGCAGACAUCCCUAAGUUGGACAAACUCAAAAAGCUGGAGCUCAGUGACAACAGGAUAUCUGGAGGUCUGGAGGUUCUGGCGGAGCGGCUGGUCAACCUGACGCACCUGAACCUGAGUGGCAACAAGUUUAAGGACCUCAGCACGCUGGAGCCACUGAAAAAGCUGCCCCAGCUGAAGAGUCUAGACCUGUUUAACUGUGAGGUGACCAACCUGGGAGCCUACAGGGACUCCAUCUUCACGCUCCUCCCUCAGCUCACCUACCUGGACGGCUACGACGUCGACAACUGUGAGGCGUCCGACUUUGACGAUGAUGGAGACAGCAUUGAUGAACUGGAUGGCGAAGGGGGGGAGUCGGACGACUUGGAGGAGGAAGAUGAGGAAGAAGAAGACAGUGGUGACGAGGAUGGGGACAGUGAGGGCGACGAUGAUGAUGAGGAUGAUGAGGAAGAAGACGACGAGGACUCGUCUCCGACUAAAGGAGAGAAGAGGAAGAGAGACCCCGAUGAUGAUGAGGACGAUGAUUAACCUCGACCGUUGCCCCCUAACCCCUCUACCCUCACCCCUUAUCUUGGGCUGCGUCCCGUUUCUGAUCCAGGCCUGCUUCUCGCCUCAAACCAAAAUAACCUUUAGUUUCUUAUUUAUCGGAAACUCCUGUUUUGUUUUUUACAGCACAUUUUUAAACUCAGGAAUGAAAUGUUCAAGUUUAGUUCAAAUAAUAUAAAACCAGUCGUCGUUUUCUAAAAAGCUUCCAGACAUCAAAGAUUUUUGGUUGUCUAUUUUUGACAUGUUUAAUUUCUGCUAGAAAAUAAACAAGACACAAUUGUAACUAUUUUUACCUGAUGAAAUAUUAACAGUAUUUUUACACGUGUGAGCUCUAUGUCGUCGUUUGUUUUGGGUAGAUAAAACCAGUCAUAAGCAGCUCGGUUCUGAGCAUCCAUCAGGUGGUUUUUACGUUAUCUGUUUUUUUUUUCUUCUGAAUUUGUCAAACCCGUUACGUUGUUUUCAAUGCAUCUAACAUGACAAAGUUUUUUUUUUUUUUUUUUGGUUUGUUUUUUUUGGAAGAAACUGGAUGCGGCUCCAUCCAUGGAUGCUGAGAUCCUGCUUUUUGUUGUCUGGAAGCCCCGCCCCCUCCCAGAGCCCCUCCCCUAUGGCUCCAGCUCAGGGCAAACUUGUUUUUGUUCAGUUUUUUGCCAGCAGAGUUUUUUAAAAUUAUUUUUUCAGAUGUUUUUUUUUGUUAACUUGUGUGUUUGUCCAGGAACACAAACGCACACGGUGACUAGACGAAGUUGUUUGUUUUUGUUGGCUUGUUUUUCUACUCAGUAAGUUAAAUACAUUCUGAACAUACAAAAUUAACUUUGUAAAUAAAAUCUUAACAUUUUC